GAGACAGGACCUCGUCAGAAGGCAGGUGGCCAGAGACGAGGUGGUACUAACCAAGGUGUGUGCGUGUGUGCACAAGCUGCGCCAUAGCUCCUGGUUCAGCUGUUACCUCACAAUGGCCACCUGGAACAUGUUUUACUCGUGUUUCUUUGUGUUUAUUAUCUAUUCACUGGCGGAAGGAAAGGGAACAAAAUAUAUCCCUCCAGUUGUGUUAAUACCUGGUUGUGGAGGGUCACAGUUGGAGGCCAAGAUUGACACACCUACCUCAGUACGCGUCGUCUGCAACAGUAAACCAAUGAAUGGUUCACUAUGUGGCUUAACAUCGACCUCAUCAUCCCUUCCUAUAUCGACUGCUUUGUUGCACACAUGAAACUGGAAUAUGACAACGUAACACGGACCACCAGAAACGCAGCUGGGGUGGAGACUAGAAUCCCUGGCUUUGGUAACUCCUCAACAGUUGAGUGGUUGAACCCCGGGGAUGUCUACUUGCUGGGGUACUUCAACAAUCUUGUCAGUGGUAUUCUUCCCUUGGGGUACGAAAGAGGCGUCACGCUCAGGGGAGCACCUUAUGACUUCCGCAAGGCACCAAAUGAACUUGGAGAGUACUUCCUGAACCUGCGUGAUCUGAUUGAGUCUACACGUGUUGAGACAGGACAUAAGGUAGUGUUGGUGGCCCACAGCAUGGGUGCUCCCCUCGUACAUUACUUCCUCAACUACCAACCUCAGUCAUGGAAGGACCAGUACAUAGAAACUCUCGUCACCCUCUCCGGUGCCUGGGCUGGAUCAGUCAAAGCCGUCCAUAUUUAUGCUACAGGAGACAACUUGGGGAUUUAUGUCAUCAAUGCAAUGAAGGUGCGAACAGAGCAGCGAUCGGCUCCUAGUCUAGCAUUUCUUUUACCAUCCGAUGAAAUUUGGGGAGAAAAUGAAACUUUGGUUCAAACCCCAGCAAAGAAUUACUCCACAUGGAACUUCAAGGAUUUAUUCGAAGACUUGAACUUACCCGACGCAUUAAACAUGUACUUGGACACAAAAGAUCUGCUGCGUAAUGCUCCUGCCCCAGGUGUGGAAAUACAUUGUUUACAUGGAGAAGAAGUUAAAACUGUGGAAAAGUUAAUAUAUGCAGAAGGCCAGUUUCCUGAUAAUCCAGUUAUUGUGUAUGGAGGAGGAGAUGGGACGGUCAACACACUCAGUGCUCAGCGCUGUUUAAAUUGGUCAGAUAAACAGAAGAAUAAAAUCUACUACAAGACAUUCAGUGGUGUGGACCACAUGCAGAUACUGAGAGACAAAGGAAGCAUAGGUUACAUUGUUGAAUUACUCUCUAACAUCACCAAGACAAACGAGCGGCAAGCCAAGAGGAAGAUGAGCUACUUGGAAAGAAAAGAAAAAAGAAAAGAAAAUGAGUUACUUGGAGACCACAAUACUGAGAAUGAAGUGGCUAUAAAUGCAAAUGAAAAUGAGCUUAACAGUGAAAAUAAAGAAAGAAGUGGCACGGGAAACGGGAUUCUUGCUACUAUCACAGUGCCGCAGCAGAAGAAAGUUUUAUUAGGGAAUGGAUUGUGAUACUGAGUUGAACAGUAGAUUAAGUCUCUUUUAUGCCGUAUAUAUCUUGUUUAUACUUCCUCAGUCACUUCAUCUUCCUAAAAAUUAAAUAUUCUUUCACAUAGCCUGUCCCAUAGCUACUUUCACUUUCAAAAGUCCAGUACAGUAAUCCACCAAACAUAUUUGUAGAUUUGUGUUUUACAGACGUCUUUAAAAUUGUUUCAAUAAUGAAUUGUUUCAAAGAAUUUAUUAAGAAUUCCUAGGUGCUGUAUUACAGACAAGCUUGGUUAACCUUCGUGGGUUUUUCCGAAAGUAGUUGUCUGAAAUGGGGUCUUUAAAAAGUUGUAGGUUGCAGACAGAACAAAAGUAUUUGUGGCAGUUAUGCAAUACUAGUUUUUGCCCCACAGAUGCACUUGUAAUGCUCAUCAAGUAUAAGUCAGAAUAAAGCUAAUAAAUACUUUACAGUAAGCUCUUAUAAAGCUAGUCUGGUGUGAUUCUUUGCAAAUGUAAUUCAAUAAGUUCUUCCAAAAUUGAAUAGCAUGUAAUGUGAAGGCCCCUUUCAUAUGCUUUUCAAAUUUGGAUAUAUUAAGUUGCAUUUACAAAGAAUUGCUCUGUAUAGAGGAGCUUUAUAAGGAAGCUUACUGUACUGUAUUGUGAAAUGUGAAGUUUUAUCACUCUUGAGGAACAGAGAGACCUCGUUUAUUUUUUAUAUAUAAACAGAGGUGUGUAUUAGUGCAUUAUAUUCAAGGCCAAAAUGGUAAAGUACAGGGUGUCCAUGAAAACACUCCCUGAUUUCAGACAGGGAUCAUAUGCAACUUUAUUGUAAUAAUCUUUCACAGUUAGUAGUUUCAGAUGCAGGAUUUCAUUCAGUUUCAUGUGGUA